AUAUUAUAUCAGUGGAUUAACAUCAUGUAGUAAUAAGCGAUCUGCGCGAUGGAGUGCGAAAUUUAGAUAAACCUGUAAACCUACCGUACGAUUGGUUAAUAACUGCCAUGGUCCGUAUGAAAUCUGCCUGGUACAAAACAUGGUAUGUUAAGAGCGAUGAAGUGUAAUCUGUGGAUUUCAUGAAUUGGAUACCCAGAGCAUUUUUGUGAAUUUUACUAGUAAUACUUCAAACGACAACAACACAUUUUGAUAAAUUGAACAGUGAUUGAUAGGAAUUCUUCGUAUUACCAACGAGCAAUACUUUUUCCAAACAUGGCAUAAAUAGGGUAAAUCCGGAGUUGGGAAUUGAAUAUACCAAUUUGGUUGAAAUGUCAAUUUACAUCAUUCACGAGAGAUGGUGAUGACAUUUAGUGUAGUAUGUUAAUUUAAAUCCACUUAUUUUCCGUUUAUCAUCUCAAGGGAAAGGAAGAAGAAGAAAUCCACUUAUUCUCGUUCUAUUCAUAAAUUUUAAGGUUAAAAUGGCAAGCAGAGACUCUUCUGCUGUUAUGAAAAGCGCUGAUGACCACAGCGUCGAGGUUUGUAUGUGAAAAUAGACACUGGCAGAAGUUUUUCGAUGUUUCAUUUGUAUGGAAAAGUUGAGGGACGCUCAUCUUUGUCCCCACUGCAGCAAAUUGUGCUGCUACGUCUGCAUCAGGCGUUGGUUGACAGAGCAGCGUUCCCAGUGCCCCCAUUGUCGUGCAUCUCUCCAUCUCCAUGAACUUGUUAAUUGUCGUUGGGUAGAAGAAGUGACUCAACAGCUUGACACGCUUCAAGCUGUCGGCAUAUCCAAUUCACGUCAUGAAGACUCAUCAAGGGAUAGGUGCACAACGCAUCAUGAAAAAUUAUCAGUCUAUUGUUGGACCUGCCGUCGCUGUAUCUGCCAUCAGUGUGCUCUGUGGGGGGGUACUCAUUCUGGACAUACAUUUAAACCCUUGGAGGAAGUUUAUGAGCAGCAUGUUACUCAAAUUAAGGACGAAGUUGGACAGCUAAAACGACGGCUUAUGGAACUCAUAAGUCUUGUACAAGAAGUGGAAAGGAAUGUCGAGUCUGUGAGAGCAGCAAAAGAUGAGCGAGUGCGCGAGAUAAGGAAUGCUGUUGAGUUAAUGAUUGCUCGUCUCGAUUCUCAAUUAAAGGCCAAACUUUUGACUUUGAUGGGUCAGAAAAAUUCUCUCACUCAAGAAACUGAACAACUCGAAGCUCUGCUGCAAGAAGUUGAACACCAGCUUCAUUCGUGUACCCGUUCAGAACUUAUUGUAAAAAGUGCAGAUCUCUCCCGAAUGAUACAUCAAGUCCGAAAAAAACCAAUGGCUAGUUUCGUCACUGCACCUGUACCUGCCGAUUUUCACAGUGAAAUAGUGCCGGGGUAUGAUAGCGCGACAUUUGCAAUGCAACAGUUUACUCAAUUGCAACUGAAGGCAGAUCCGGUCUACUCGGCACCGCUGCAUGUCAAUGGACUUUGCUGGCGGUUAAAAGUUUAUCCGGAUGGAAAUGGAGUAGUCAGAGGGAAUUACCUUUCCGUCUUUUUAGAGCUCAGCGCUGGAUUGCCGGAAACGUCAAAGUAUGAGUAUAGAGUUGAAAUGAUACAUCAGGGCUCCAGGGAUACUAGUAAAAAUAUAGUACGAGAGUUUGCCUCUGACUUCGAAAUUGGAGAAUGUUGGGGCUAUAAUAGAUUCUUUAGACUGGACUUACUUGCGACUGAGGGAUAUUUGAACACAGAAUUGGACACGCUGAUAUUAAGAUUCCAAGUGAGACCACCAACAUUUUUUCAACGCUGUAGAGAUCAGCAGUGGUACAUCAGUCAAUUAGUCACAGUUCAGAAUCAGUAUGCGACGCAAAUAAAUGAGCUGAAAGAGCGAUUAGCUAUAGAAAUAUCACGGAAUGCAGUGACGGCUACAAGAGCAAGUAGCGGAGCUACUAUAUGUGAUCCAUCAGCUGAAUCCAUUGGAACAUCCUCAACCCAGCAGCAGCAACUCCCGGGCGCAGGAGACCCUCUUCUCAGUCCCAAUUGCGUCCAAUUGCGUAUUUUUGAUCCCUUCUCACCGGUUAACAUCACUUCCACCAGGUCAAUACAGAAUAUAGUGCCUAGUGGAAGUCUAACUGGCACAGGGAGUGGAAGCAGAAUCCUUCCUAGCAGCACAGCACAGCUAUUGCCAAUGCGUGAGCUGAGAGAUGUAAAAAAUAUUCGACUUCUUGGUUCAGUUUCCACAUUAUCUUCACCAUCUUCGAAAACAAGCAUGAAACAGCAAAGAGCUGGUAGUAUAAACGCGGCAACAAGGUCUCCAAGGAACGGAGGAUCUUGUCAAACUGAUGGAUCAGCAGGAGAUUGUCAGGCCUUGGUGAGCCAUUCACCAGUUCCAUCACGCUCCUCUCCUACCAUGCUCAAUCAGCAGCCUUCCACACUUUCGUCCAGUAGCAGUAGCAGUGAUAGCGGCGAACUCAGCGAACACGACAUAUAUUUGGAUGACUGUGACCACCAUGAUACUAAUCUGGGAAUCUUGGACGACAAUUCUAAUGAUGAAAAUGACGUUGAUGACGAAACUAUGUCCGGAGAAAAUGAUGUUGAGGCUGCGGAGUCAUUGGUUGGAUGGUUACCCAGAAAACGAGUCGACCCGCAAGAGGCUCGUGAAAAUUUCAGAGAUGCUACCAGGUUACGAAGAGGUGAUGGCUUGGAGGAUGAAAUAAUGCUUCUUCACUUGUUUGAAAUGCAAGAUCGGAAGUCUGCCUGGAGCGACCCGUCUUUGUGGUCCUCAUCAUUGGUUCUAAAUCAUCAUCCGGAUGAAAAUUGUGACUCUAAAAAUGUUCCGGCAACACUGCAACACACUGGAUCAGUAUCAAUGCGUCAAGGCACAAUGACUCCCUCUCACACUGCAGCCAAUUGCACACACAAGCAUUCUGAGUUGGACGACUUGCACACUGGCCCAAAUUUCCCGGGUCUGCAUAAGUCUCAUUCGAUUGCACAUUUAUGUCAAUCUCAACUGCCAUCCGAUCAAAGGCCUGAAGUACCUCAAGCUGAUAAUACUUUUCAUCAAGAUAGUAUCAAAGCUAUCGCUUCGGGAAUUCAGACAACUAGGUCCGAACCUACAACGUGCUCAAACUCAGUAGAUCGCGAAAAAGACGUGGCAAAGGCAUCAGGAAGUCAAAGUGUGGAUACCAACGUGCCUACAACAUCUGACCUGAUGGUACCAGAUUUGGCUCUUGGCAGCAAUAAAAUUAUGUCGAGACACAUCUCGUCUCUGCAACAAUCAUUGCCGUUAUCUAUUGGUAAAACUGCUGGUGAUCAAGACAGGACGAAAAUAUCAGAGUUCGAAAAAUUGUUGGAAACAAUUCAAUUAUCACCUUGUUUGCAAGAAGAUACGGCCGCCUGCCUUGUCAAACUGAGGCAAAAUUUAGCCGGUGAAUGUAAGAACAGUAACUGUUCAAGUAAUUCUGUACCAUCUCCACUUUCCCUGGGCUAUGAGGGACCAUCGACAUCUUCGCUGGGUAGUAAUUUACUUCCCGACCCUAUUUCAAACUGCAAUAAUUAUAGCUGGUCUCCACCAUUGUAUCAACCGCAUAAACAUGGUUAGAAGAAAAUUACAGAAUCGUUAUGUGCUAAUUACAGUACAUUAAAUAUAACUUCUACAAGCAAUUAAUUUUCCUACUAUUCAAUUUAAUUAUAAAUUCAUAGACUUUACAAUGUAUUGCAAUAGAGUUGAUGGCAAGAAGAGAU